CCAGUAGAGAACGACUUUCUCUUGCGUUUUAACGCGUAAAUUGACCUCAUGAUAGAAACAAGCAUCGAUACUGUUUUAGUUUUAUGUCCGCGUUGUACGUGUUAUGUUUCGAUCCACGAAAAGGUCAUGUAAGUCCCGCGUGUAAUGUCAUCGGUGUUUUGAAAAUCAAUCACCGUGACAUGUUGAGAUCACUAUCGUGUAGACUCGAAUGUCGUGUAUUAUUGUCAAGCAACAAGAGAUAACCUAAAACCUAAAACAUGCGCGAGACAAUAAUUCGCAGCCUCUUCGUAACCGUGAUUAUCCUGUGUUUUUUGAGCAAACGCGUUUCGGCCUUCUUUUGUUAUCCUGAUUAUUGUCAGAAUCUGACUGUUCUGGAACCAAUACCAGGUUUCUCGUGUUUACUGACACAAGUACAAACGAAUGAAGAUUGCAAAAAAUUACAGUUCGACGAUGUCCGGUACAAGCCGUCAAAAGAAGGUGACGGCGCAAUUUUUACGUUGCGCGCGUACGUUAUGAAAUUCGAUAGUCAGCAAAGAGCUACUGCGUUUAAUUUGUCAAUUUCAGAUAUAAAUUUUCACAGGUUAGUCAUGCGUUAUCAAAGUAUCGUUGACGAAAGUAAGGUCGCGUGUAGACACAUAAUGUUGUAUGGGAACUCCAGCCAUUCCGCACCUAAAGAUCUGUACGUGUCGUGUCCGUUUUCGGACGCUGCGUACGAAGGAUCCCCAUAUCGUUUGGAAUAUCUCGCAGGCGACGAGAAUUAUGCGUAUUACAACAAAAAGUAUAUAUUUUAUGUGCCGCAGCACACACAUAUCGAGGACGGCAUACAAAUCGAAACUUUCACUCCUUUUAUUUACGCGGACGUGUCAGACUCGUCGAAUGUGGCGAUACACGUACAACAGCUUCCGGAAAAAUACAACGUGACGGAGUAUAAAGUGUGGGUUAUCAACAAUAAUACAGACGCGAUAAUCAGCGCGAUUAUUUUGACGGACAAAAACCGGGAACACGUUCAAUUCAACUUCUCAGCGUCUAAUGGCGCGUAUUACGUCAAAGUCGCGGCGAUGCAUCCCGAUUGCGGCGAAUAUGGAUGCGCAAACAGCACGACACCAUACAUUUACAUAAAACGCGCGUCCCACCGACUGUUAAUCAUGAUAAUCAGCUUGAUAUGGGUACCACCUGUUUUAUUGUACGCGUUAUAUCACGUGUAUAAGUUUUACAGAAAGAAGGUCUUAAAGAGAAUGGCGAUGACACCGAAUUGCUUGCUGAUAUAUUCCCCGACACACGCUACGCAUGUGAGCGUAAUGGCGGAAUUGGCAAAGUAUCUGCGAUGCUGUAAUAUUAAUGCUAUGAUAGAUAUGCUCGACAUCGCAGAGACCGCCAGUAAAGAUCCAGGACUGUGGUGCAACACAGCGUUUCAAGCCGCGGAUGUUGUACUUGUCGCGACGUCUCCACCACCGUCUUCAAAAAUCGACACAACAAUCAUCUAUCGAAACGUGGAUAAUCAUCUAUUGCGAUUGCUGAAGGAGAACUAUCCGCAGCGAAAUAAGAGAUAUUACGCGGUGCAUCUGCCAUAUUGCAAACCGGACGAAAUACCGGAGGAGGCGCGACUUUUCAGAAAGUUUCAUUUGCCCGAAGAUUUGGCAAAGCUUGUGAAUACGAUUCACGGUAUCGGUUGUCAACACUUUCUUGUGGCCUCGAACGGAGAACUGGUCGAAAGUAUUAGAUACGCCACAGUGAAAUUGUUGGAAGACGAGAUCAGCGUAACGAAAAAUAUCAAAGAAACUGACGGUUUGUUAUCACCAAUCGUCGUACAAGAAACUAUAAUUCGCAAUGACGAUCAACCUAUAAUAAAUAAGACUCCGCGAUGCCCAGAUACUCCAGAUUGCGAAGUUAUGCCUCAGUCUUUUACGACAAAUAUUGACGAACUGAAUCUUUUGGGCGAAAUUGGCGAAGAGAAGUCGUUUGUUCUCAAUUCCGCGAGAAAUGAUUGCAAGUUUCGCAUCGACAAAUUAAACUUGUGAUUUUUUAAUACAUAUUAAGAAUAGCUUAUAAUUUAACUCUUAUAUAUAAACGGUACUGUAUA